AUGACAAAGUGGGAGUUUCUCCGUUCAAGUCGAGCUCGGAGGAGAUAUUGGGCAAGGAGCUAUGCUGGAUGGAGGCGAUUUACAGCGGCACAACCAUCUGCUGCCCAUACUGCUUUGGCAACAUUAGAUAAAGCUGGCCGAAUCCAUCUCAUGAUUACACAAAAUGUUGACAAGCUGCAUCAUCGUGCUGGUAGCAAUCCAUUAGAAUUACAUGGGACUGUAUACACUGUAAUUUGUAUAGAUUGUGGAUAUUCCUUUUGCCGGAGCUUAUUUCAGGACCAGUUGAAUAAGGACCUUAAUCCAAAGGUUAGAGUUUGCAACUAA